GUUCCCCGGUGGGGGAAAUGUACAUAUGGUAUAAACGUUUAGAAUAAGUACAACUUCAUGUACUUGUGAUAGUGUAUUCAAACAUCGUGUUGCUAGCGAGCCUUUUUUGAUGGAAAUAUUAUUCAGCUGAAAGAGUUUAUCUACCGAGUGGUGCAAUGUUAGGCUAUCUAGCUACAGUACAUACUAGCAGGCUGUCUGUAACGUAGCUGCCCUCCUGCAGGCACUUUGCUCACCACUUCCCUUCACGUUAGGUAUGUGUUUUGUGCCACAUCGAGAAGUUCACCAUUCAUUUUAUUCACCGCGGCAUUUUCUGAGCUUAACUGACCAAGACGCACCUCCAAAUGCCCAAAACCAGUGGCAGUUUCUUUCAACCAGUGGCAUAUUGGCUUUUUAGAUCAGAGAUGCCGUCUAACGUGGAGAUCAAGGCGAGGGUGAGCAAUGCGACACGAUUGGCGGAGAGAGCCAGCCAGCUAAGCCAAUCAGAGGGAACAGUAAUCCGCCAGCAGGACACGUUCUUCAACUGCAGCACCGGACGGCUUAAACUACGUAACCUGAUGCAGGAUGGGAGUGGUCAGCUGAUUUUCUAUGAGAGACCAGAUUGUGACGGGCCCAAGGUGUCCAACUACUCUCUCUCUACUACACAGGACCCAGAGGGGCUCAGAGUGGUGUUGAGGGAGGACCAGAGGCCUGAGGAGGGGGAGGCGAUUGCUCGCAGCCUGAUGAAGGAGCUCGGUGUCGGGAAUGACAGCCUGGUGACUGGGGCCUACGUGGACCUCUUGCUGGAAGGCCAAGGAUAGCAACACACAGUAUAUGAACCCUCCCUUGCAGGACUAAAACAUUCCCAUCAUGUGAAAGCAACUGGAAAACGCUUUUGGUAAUAAAAAAUAAAAUAGCAAA